AUGUCGAUGCAAAAUGGAAAGCCGUCAAAUAAAAAACGAAAGUCAGCGGAAAUUACACUUAGCUCAAAAGAUCCAUCCAAUAAAAGAAAAAAUGAAAACGCAGUAGGUGUCGCACAAUCGAAUGCAAAGAAUGCUAAUUCAAAUUCGCAAGAAAUUGAUUUACCAAGAGGUGGCGCUUCUUCGCGUCCAUUCACGUUCAAGAAAGAAAAAGUCAACGACGACGAACUUUUCGAGAACGAUUUUAAAGAAUCAGCAAAGAUUCCUGUUAAGAGUAAAAGUAAGACUUCUAAGAAAAAAUCCGAUGGCUUCAAAAAUUCAAGCAUAGAGGAUCCGGAAAACUCUCAUAAGAAUAAAAAUGAAAGAUUUGUAGAAAAUUUAAACUUUCAUCAUCUUACCGUCGGUGCAUUCAUAUUUGGACAAAUUAUAAAGAUAAAUUCUUUGGAUAUUAUCGUGUCACUUCCAAAUCAGAUGAAAGGAAUUGUUAAAGUAACCCAUCUCUCGGACCAGAUAUCCCAAAGGAUUUCAGAGAUCGCGAGUUUAGGGGAAGACGAUAAUGAAAAUUCUCUACUUAAUUUGUCAAGAUUAUUUAACGUCGGUCAGUGGGUUCGUUGUAUGGUUACUGGACUUAUACGGCGUGACGAUGCAUCGAAUGGUGCUUUAAAACAUAAUCAACAUAAUAUUAUUGAGCUAAGUUUAAUGCCGAAGGACGUUAAUCGCGAUAUAGGACCUGCUGAUAUAUCCAAAGGCUUUAUCGUUGCAGCAUCUGUUGAAAGUGUGGAGGAUCAUGGCUAUAUUCUUUCUAUUGGAAUGAAUG